AUGUACUCUGCACAGCCCAACGGCGCUGAUAGUGCGACAAUCAAUCCAGCUGCGCUCAACACAGCCCUGCUCCUCUCAGUGUCGCCGACGCUUGGCCCACCCGUCGCCUCGAGCCGUUGUCGCAACAUCGCCACCUUUGCCGCCGCCGGCUGCAAUUCAUCGACGUCGCACAGUGGGCAACCUCUGUUGGUCAAGGCUUCGAUCUCAAUCUCGGUCUGGGUCUUUGACCUCGUCUUUUUUUUUUGGCAUCGCGCAGCGCGCAUCGUCGCGCUCGGCACGUUCACCCAACCCACCCUCGCGUCUCCGCCUGUCGCCCGCCGCCCGCCCGAUCGCUCGACUGCUCCCAUCUGCACCGACGAAGAAGCCUUCGUUUCUCUCCUAACUCCACGUCAUGGGCGCCCCAUAUUUCCCUCUCCCAUCCGCAAUGCUGAUGCCCAGUUCCGCUCAGACCUGAUUAAACCACCACCCUCCCGAGGCGUCAAGAGGAGCCACUCGCCGGACAAUUACCAAGACUCAGGAGCGCCAGGGUCAGCUGGCGAUGACGGUGGCGAUAAGCCCAGGAAAAGAGGAAGACCGAUGAAGUCCCGACAGUCCGGCAGCGUCGCCGAGGCCGCCAGUCAGGCACCACUCCCGCCCGUCGCCCAGUCGUCCAUUCCCCCGCAGACGCCACAGAGCCAGAAUGCGCCGCUACCCGCCCAAACUCCCGCGUACGCGCCACCUCAGGCGUCGCCUCCCAAGACGACGCCUACAAAGUCGACGUUAAAGGCGCUCCCCACGGUGCGCGAUCACACGACUGACCAGCUUGGCCCCGGCGGUGACGAGUACAUUCCGAGGGAGACGGACGAGGCCGGCGAGAAGAAGGUCUUGCCCAACGGCCAGCUCACGGGGAACCGCCAGUACCGAUGCCGAACAUUCCUGGUCCCACAGCGCGGAGACAAGCUCUUCAUGCUUGCGACCGAAUGCGCCCGCGUCCUUGGGUACCGCGACUCGUAUCUGCUCUUCAAUAAGAACCGUUCGCUCUUUAAAAUAAUUGCAAACCAGGUUGAGAAAGAUGACCUUGUCUCACAGGAGAUUCUUCCCUUCUCAUAUAGAUCACGGCAGAUCGCCAUCGUGACGGCGCGGAGUAUGUUUCGGCAGUUUGGCAGCAGGGUCAUUGAGGGCGGCCGGAGGGUUCGGGAUGACUAUUGGGAGAAUAAGGCUCGUAAACAGGGCUUUACCGAGGCCGAUCCGGCAGGCGAGAAGAGACCGGGCGCCUCCAAGGCCCGCGAGGACCGCGAUGCCGUUGCGAACCAGAAUUCGACGUCUCUGCUCGGAGGCCCCCACGGCGAGAUCGUCUACAGCACCAACCCCGGCCAGUUUGGUGGUGCUCCACAGCCUCAGCUCGUUCAGCCAGAUUACAAUGACACUCGGAGCCGAGAUUACUCGGGCAUUCUCAAGACUGGCCCUCGGCAGGAGAUAACCGGCCCGCCCUACCAGGACCGGACGCAGCCCGCGCCCAUAUCCGAGCUUCAUGCGCAGGCGCAUCACGCCGCCGAGUUCAACCGUUCGGUUAACCAGCAGCGCGAGAUCCGGAACGACUACAUGCACGCGCUCUGGCGACGGCCGCACGAGCAGCCUCCCUCGACCACCAUGAGCCAGCCGGUGAGCGCGACGGAUGCGACGGCACCCCCUAGCCGGCCUUCCCCAUCGCCGCAUGCCACGACAACGGGAAUGCAGCAGCCGGGUAUCGUCCCAAAUCAGAGCCCAAUGAUGAUGACGGCCGCGCCAUAUUCACAGCCCAUUCACGCCCAGAAUUCUGUUAAUCAAGGUACAAUGAGAGGUAUGGUUCAAGCUCAACCGCAGAACAAUUCGAGACCAACAAACCCGUCGUCAGCAACGAGCGGGAGCAUGCCGCAGACUAGCCAGAACUACAAUUACCCGCAGCAGAAUCAGAUGUGGCCGUCAACGCCGCAGACGCCGCAACAUGGAUACUCUGCCUACACUGCCCAGUCUCAGCAGUCGCCUCACCAGCAACAGUCGCCAGCCCCCCAACUCCGCCAUUCGGCAGGCGGAAGCCAAGUGCAGCCGGGGAAUAUGUCGUAUUCCGGCAUGCCCGGCAUGGGCCAAGGAUACGGCGCGCAAGCCCAGGGCAUGUAUCCCGCGGAGCAGACUCCUCGCCAGUACAUGCAGCAGAGUGCGCCGGCGCCCGCCGUCACCCAGGCGUGGCCGCAACAACAAACUCCGGCGCAAUGGUGGGCCAACCAGCCGCAGUAA